AUGGCGGAAACUGAAAGCAGCAAAAUCGUUAGCCAAAACGACAGUUCUCAAAAACCUAAAAAUUUGUUUUCAAUUAUUCCAAAAUUUGAGCUCAAAUUUCCUUUCUUUAACAAGUCAGUCCCUCUGGCUAAAGAGGAAACGAAAAUAGCAGUAGUUAGUGAAGGAGGAGAAAACGAGAGUGGAAAUCAGAAACCCAAUAUUGUCAGCUUCCCAAAUGCCCGUCCUUUAAUUACUUCAUCGAUUGAGGUUGAGGCUGAAGAGAGUAGUGGAAGGACUCAUAAUCCUGUGAUUAUUUGGCAGGUGUAUGCACUUGGAGGGUUCAUUGUUGUGAAGUGGUUAUGGGCAAGAUGGCAGGAAAGAAAUGAGAGAGCCAAGAAGGCAUCAUCUGAUGACAAUCAGUCUAACGAUGAGUAUCAAUCUCCAGCAGAAGAAGACUGA